GCCCUGAGUGGGUGAAGCAGUGGUCCCUGGAAACAGUUCCGGGAAACCCCGCGUGUUGCCGGGGUCGCGCCGCCGUCCAUGAGGAGAAGGAGGAGCGCGCGCCAUUUGCCGUCGCUGCUUGGGCCUGAGCUGCGCCGCGCAGGCCCCGCUCCGCAGCAUAAUAAAAUGGCUAAUCAGGUGAAUGGUAAUGCGGUACAGUUAAAAGAAGAGGAAGAACCAAUGGAUACUUCCAGUGUAACUCACACAGAACACUACAAGACACUGAUAGAGGCAGGCCUCCCACAGAAGGUGGCAGAGAGACUUGAUGAAAUAUUUCAGACAGGGUUGGUAGCUUAUGUCGAUCUUGAUGAAAGAGCAAUUGAUGCUCUUAGGGAAUUUAAUGAAGAAGGAGCCCUCUCUGUAUUACAGCAGUUUAAAGAAAGUGACCUGUCGCAUGUACAGAACAAAAGUGCAUUUUUAUGUGGAGUUAUGAAGACCUACAGGCAAAGAGAGAAACAAGGCAGCAAAGUACAGGAAUCGACGAAGGGACCAGAUGAAGCAAAGAUUAAGGCUUUGCUAGAGAGGACUGGUUACACUUUGGAUGUAACUACAGGACAGAGGAAAUAUGGGGGCCCUCCUCCCGACACUGUAUACUCUGGUGUUCAGCCUGGUAUUGGAACAGAGGUUUUUGUUGGUAAGAUUCCCCGAGACUUGUAUGAAGAUGAAUUGGUACCACUCUUUGAGAAGGCUGGUCCAAUUUGGGAUCUACGCCUCAUGAUGGAUCCUCUUUCUGGUCAAAACAGAGGUUAUGCUUUCAUUACCUUUUGUAGUAAAGAUGCAGCGCAGGAAGCAGUCAAACUGUGUGACAACUAUGAAAUCCGUCCUGGGAAGCACCUUGGAGUAUGCAUAUCCGUGGCAAACAACAGGUUAUUUGUUGGGUCAAUUCCAAAGAAUAAGACUAAAGAAAACAUAUUGGAAGAGUUCAGUAAAGUCACAGAGGGUUUGGUGGAUGUAAUCUUGUAUCAUCAACCUGAUGAUAAAAAGAAGAAUCGAGGAUUCUGCUUCUUGGAAUAUGAGGAUCACAAGUCAGCAGCACAAGCUCGCCGCCGCCUGAUGAGUGGGAAAGUAAAAGUCUGGGGAAACGUUGUGACAGUGGAAUGGGCUGAUCCAGUAGAGGAACCUGAUCCAGAAGUCAUGGCAAAGGUGAAAGUUUUAUUUGUAAGAAACUUGGCCACUACUGUGACAGAAGAAAUUCUUGAGAAAUCCUUUUCUGAAUUUGGAAAGCUGGAAAGAGUAAAGAAGUUGAAGGAUUAUGCUUUUGUUCAUUUUGAGGACAGAGGUGCAGCAGUGAAGGCUAUGAAUGAAAUGAAUGGGAAAGAGAUAGAAGGGGAAGAAAUUGAAAUAGUCUUAGCAAAGCCACCGGAUAAGAAAAGGAAAGAACGUCAGGCUGCCAGACAGGCCUCCAGAAGUACUGCGUAUGAAGACUAUUAUUACUACCCUCCACCUCGCAUGCCACCUCCUAUUAGAGGCAGAGGCCGUGGAGGGAGAGGUGGAUAUGGCUAUCCCCCAGAUUACUAUGGCUAUGAAGAUUAUUAUGAUGAUUAUUAUGGUUAUGACUAUCAUGACUACCGUGGUGGCUAUGAAGAUCCCUAUUACGGCUAUGAUGAUGGCUAUGCUAUAAGAGGAAGAGGAGGAGGAGGAAGGGGUGGGAGAGGUGCCCCUCCACCACCUAGGGGGCGGGGAGCACCACCACCAAGAGGUAGAGCUGGCUAUUCACAGAGGGGGGCACCCAUGGGACCGCCGAGAGGAGCCAGGGGUGGGAGAGGGGGUCCUGCACAGCAGCAGAGAGGACGUGGUGCUCGUGGAGCCAGGGGCAACCGUGGGGGCAACGUAGGAGGCAAGAGAAAGGCAGAUGGGUACAACCAACCUGAUUCCAAGCGCCGUCAGACCAACAACCAGCAGAACUGGGGCUCCCAACCCAUCGCUCAACAGCCUCUCCAGCAAGGUGGUGACUAUGCCGGUAACUAUGGUUACAAUAAUGACAACCAGGAAUUUUAUCAGGAUACUUAUGGGCAACAGUGGAAGUAGACAAGUGAGGAGGGAUUGAGAAUAUUGGAAACAUAGAAUUGGCUGUAGCUCUACAUCCUUCAAAACAAAAUUGGCUUAAUGUUUCAUCCUUCAGUAGCGAUUGGCUGCCAUUUGUAUUGGGCUGAAGAAUCACUCUAUUGUGUAUAUACUCGAGUCUCUUAGUUUUCUUUUUUCAUAAACGCACUUGGACAUUACUGGGCUUGCAGAAUUCCUGAACUCCAUAUGGGGUUUCAAUGCUUUUAUCAUUUUAGGCUUCAUUUUAGCAGUUUAAAAGCAGGAAUGGCACACUGUUCAAUCAUGAUUUUGCAGAACCUCUGGUUUUGGACAGUUUCUUUUUUUUUUUUUUUUUGAUUUGGGAUAGACUACAUAGGAGUAUGCUGUACAUAAAAGUAAAGCUAGUGCUUUGUCUUAGUAGUUUUAAGAAAUUACAACAAAUUAAGUUUUCUUGUAUUGAAAAUAACGAUUGUAUGUUUUGCAUUCCUAGAAGUAGGUUAACUGUGUUUUUAAAUUGUUAUAACUUCACACCUUUUUGAAAAUCUGCCCUACAAAAUUUGUUUGGCUUAAAACGUCAAAGCCGUGGCAAUUUGUUCCUUGAUGUGAUUGUAUUUCCAAUUUCUUGUUCAUGUAAGAUUUCAAUAAAACUCAAAAAUCUAUUCAAAACAUUACCUAUUUCAAAUUCAAUUGUGUCCUAAAACAUUAUUUCAUUGGUAAUUCUUGCGAAAAACAUUGUUUUCAAAGUAUAACUGCCUAUGUGAGUGAUCAAAUUCAUGCAAAAUUUCUUGUGCUUUCCAACAUGUAGCCCUGUGGACAUCAGACUGAAAACUAGGAGAACUUGCAGAUUGCCCGAAGGGCACUCUUUGUUUAAUUGCUGUUCGAUAACUUAACAACAUCUAAUUUUGAAACCUUUUUUUCUUUUAAAAAGUGUUGAAAUGUAUCCAAACAUUCACGGAGAUCUAAUUUAAAUAUAUUCUUCUAAUGUAAUGUGGAGAAGGAAGCAGAGCCUACAAUGGUGUUAAUUUUGUUCCUUUUCGUUAUGUACUGUGGAGUCCCUCUAGAGGCUAUUCUGGUAGGAUCCAGUCGUAUUGUAUUAUUCAGCGUACAAGCACAUAGGGAAAUGGGUUUGAUCUCAAGCAUCUUAGCCUAAUAUUUGCCUAGGGAUGAGAAUUAUAGAUCAGGUGCUGUGGCACAGUAAACUAACUUCUUGCUACAGAUAACACAAACGUACUCUCCAUAUCCUGCUUAUUUCUGUCUUGACAUUUUAAUUUGAUGUUCUGCCAUGAUGAACAAUUUGCCUUAGAAUUCUCAUGCCUUGUAAUAAGGCUGUUUUUAAAAAAAAAAAAAAAAACAAACAACAAAAACCAAAACAAACAAACCCCCAAAAACCCAACCCAUAAUAUCUUUUGGGGGCAUUACUGGCUACAUUAUUGGGGUAUUAUGUGUUGCUUUGACCCUUGUCUUGGACAUUACCAGAUGUCAAUUUUAACUGGCAAGUCGUGACAUUACUCUUCUGUUGCAUCUGAGCCAUUCUGUACCCCAAUGAAGAACAUUUGCUUCUCAAGAAAAGGGAGAAACAAACGAAUUUAAACUUUCUCUAAACAAAACUAUUGCCGGACCUCUAAAUAUCCAAAUCAAACACAUUGCUCGUCCUUGAUUUACAACAUUCUAAACACAGACUAUUGAGGAAGUUAAACUUCAGUGGUCAUACUCCUCCCUUUGUCUUCUAUUCCUGUCUGGUGUCUCUCAAGUGUAUUUUGUCAGAAUGUUAACAGAAAGAUGAACCUUCCCACGCUUUACUGUUGUGGGUCUGGUAUAUAAUUGCAUGGUUUGAGUUUUUGACCUGAAUUGAAGUGAGGAUGUCUGCCCGGUUCUCAAAAAUGGGUUUGCCCCUGUGUCAGGCUCUUCCUUUCAAAUUAAUAGAAUUGGUCAUAAAUAAUAUGAAGUGCUUUUCAAAAUUAGUAUGUAGUGUGUUAAAGCCCUUUUUGUUUGGUUUGGGUUUUUUUAACUUCAUAAAGUUAACGGGGCCAAAUCCUGUCCUCUCUGUUCCUUACGUGAGCAGUGAAGUCAGAGAGGCACUGCCUGAGUAUGUUUUCCAGGCUUUUGCUGGUGGUAAGGAUCUGGCUCGUGAUUGUGUCCUAACCCAAGGGCGUGCUGCCCUUUUAGUCUGGCUUUAGUAACUGCCCAGCUUUUGUGGUGUUGGACAGAACCCUGUAGUCCCGAUGCGUAUUUGUUUUCCAGUAAUCAUUGUAAAGGGGAUCUCAUACAAGGGAGCUUAAUUGGAACCAAAUUUAAAAGUACUCUCCAUCCUGGAAGAAGGAUAGUGUUCACGUACUGCACGUCUUGGGUGUUAGUGCAGGAGAGGUGAAGUGCCAGUGCCUGCUUAUGGGGGGGGUGGGGAGGAAGCGAAACACUCCAGUUAUAGUGUUUACAAAACAACUAAGGAACAAAAAUGUUCAAAUUGCCUUCCUUGAGAACUGUAAAGGUGCAUCUGGUCUUUCUGCACAAAUCACAAUUUAUCCUAAUAUUUUUAUUGAAUACGAGGAGCUGUCCAUUUUUAAAUUGAAUAUUAAAAUCAGUGAAAGUUUAUAAUGUGUACCAAGUUCUUCGAUUUACAUGAUCUAUGGAUGCUCAAAUUCACCAUUUAAAUUUGCAGCAGUGCUGAAUUCUUAAAGAUCACGCGUACUACAGCUUAGCGGUGUAUACUGAACUUGAAGAACUUAAAAAAAAUUAUCGAAAAAAAUUACUGAACAAAAGAUGCUGUAGCACAGUGGAAAAAUCUACCAUGCCUGAUGACAUACUCAAGGGAAGAAUUUUGCACAAGGGAAGAAUCUUCUCAGCACAGUUUCGAUAUAGAGUCAAAACAAAAAAUAAAUUUAAAUUUACUCUUGUGCAUCUGUUCUGAUCAUUUCUUCAGUAUAACUUAGUAAAAAUCCUCUCAUGGAAUACAUUGAAAAUGGAUUUCAACUUGCAAACCAAUACUAAACUUUCAUGAGUGUCCUGCUGGCAUUGGAGGAGGAGCCAUGAAAUGGGAUUUUAAUAAUCAUUUGAUCACUCAUUUAUAGCAGUUGCUUAAAUGUCUGUAUUGAUAAGGUGUUUGACUUCAAAAUAAGUAGGUUGCCAGAUUCCUAGCAAUUCCAAAACUUAAGCGAAAGAUUUUUACAGCUGUUGUGUUAUUACAGACUUACUUUCACAUUAUUAACAAAAUCGGUUUACUAAACUCAGCUUUUAAUUUUACUAAUUCAUUAAACGUAGUCUGCAUUUUUUCAAAGCGUUCAAAGUUUAAUUUUUUUGUAGCAAUUGUUUGUUUUCGGGACUCAACUUUUGUAGUCUAAUUAUUAGAAAGAAUGACAACUGCAUUGCUUAAACCUUUUAAAAAUAAACUCUAAGCGGAAGGUCACCGCAUGAUUUUGGUGACUCUGUACAGAAACCUGACCGCUUUUUAUCCCCUCUGCAUUUGGACAUGGAGCCCAUUUGUGUAUUUUGAACCACGCGUUUUAAAAAUAGAGAAGGCACUCUUAUUAUAAGGCUAGCAAAAAAUAAACGUGAAGUAUUGAGCAAAAACUCUUAAACCUCUUAGUAAAACAUGUUUGGCACCUAGACCUGCUGACCUCAAUGCAGAUGUUUUUAUUGGCAGCAGGACUUUUAAUUGUUACGCAAAAACGAUGGUGGCCCAUAGAUGCGUAGAACAGCAAGGACCCUGACCUACAAAUCUGUCAUGAAUAAUCUUUGAUCACGCAUGGCUUGAGCUGGAGUAUUUGUGUGAUUAAGGAUUCUUUGUACGAGGAAGGUUUGCCAGAUUGAAUUCUGUCGUUCACGUCAACUGCUUGGGUAGAUCAGAGCCUUAUAGAAAGAGUGUACCAAGUUGUGUUUCCUGUUUUUUUCUAAAUAAAAAAAAGUUGAAAAAGUUGGAGCUUCUGUUAACUUAGAAUUUGAAUGAAGCUGUUGUAGUCUAUUGGCUUAAAAUGUCUUUUGAAAUCCAGAGUGGCUACGUUGGGCGUAUAUUAGUUGAUAAAACGUGUAGAGUAGGGGAAAAAACUCAUUCGUGUUAAAAGGAAAUCUUAAACCUUUGUUCUCAUUCAAACAAAAUGGUCAAGGUGGAUCUGCGAUAUUUGGUUAUUGAUCAGGAACUUGUGAAAUUUGAGAACGGGAGAAUCCCUCUGAAGAAAUGUUUUAACAAGUUGGAGGUUACCAGAAGCUCUGAAAGACAGUUCAGAAUAUAUUGCAUCACAUUUUCUGAUGUCCAGAAAUCUGCAAGUGUCAAUUUUGUAUUUUAACUCCUUCCUUUUACCUGACUAUCAGGGAAGCGUGGUUGAGGCUGACCUGACAUGUCAUGAUGUCGACUUGCUAGGUGGGGUUCGCAAGGGACAUUAACCUUGGAGUUAUCGUGCAGGUUUUGUGUAGGGUUGAGAACGGCAGCUGUGGAAGGGCCAGAAUACUGCGUUUGGUGCCCAUCCCUGGAACUGUGAUCCCAAGUAGGUGCUGUGGGAGACUGACUCGUACUACCUUCUCUCAACUUCUCAAGGAUUAAGCACGGUGGAUCCCAUCAAUUACCAUGUGACUUUCUGAACAGGAAAUACUUCUGUUAAUCUGAUUUUACAGACUGGGAGUACGUUGGUUACAUCUCCUUGAUGUUGCAUGGGGCCCAUCCCUGGAAACAUUCAAGAUCAGGUUGGACGAGGCUCUGAGCAACCUGAUCUAGUUGAAGGUGUCCCUGCUGACUGCAGGGGGGUUGGAGUAGAUGACCUUUAAAGGUCCCUUUCAACCCAGACCAUUCUCUGAUUCUAAAUUUUCGUGUUAGGCAGGCAUUCCUUACCAGAAUGAGUAAAGUCAAGGGUGCCAGAAAGAAGUUGCCAGGAAUUGAGUAGGAAGGCCAAGACAGGCAAAUAGACGCGAUGAUUUCAGGUGUCCAGCUUAAAGUGCAGGAGGGUAACGAUGGGCAGUUCCCCAGCUGAAGACAACAGCUGGCGUGUUCUUUCUUUGUAAGUUUUCCUUUGAGUUAAAAAAGAAAAUAAUCUGUUUGUACUGCCCAUGCCCAAGGCUAGAAAAAAUGAGUGAUAGGGUGGGAUGUGUAUCCAGCAGAUAGCGGCUGCCGUCUCUGCCAGCUGAAGAUGAGGAGUAAGGCAGGUGAUACCGAUCUGUGGGUCAGUGGGGAAGUUCCACCCGAGCACUGGAAAGAUGUCAAGAUGCGGCAUCUCUUGUGCAUUACAGGAUCUUUCUGAGGGUCUGUGUUCUAACUGUGCCGUGGAAUCAGCUGGUAGUCAACACACCGGAGGACCUUGUUGUUUGACUUGAAACUCCCUCCAGUGAAUCCGAAGAACGCGUUUGGACUGCGUGCUCCUGGAAUGAGGCAUCUUGCUUUCCCAACAGCGUGCCCGCCACAGAAACGUAGACCUUAUUAGAAUGCUUCCACUUUUGAGAUGUGUAAGCCAGGCAAGUAAAGUCAUCUCCGAUUUUUGAAGCAAAAAUGCACAUGAAGUCUCUGAAAACCCUGGAUUGCGGUAAAAGUUUCCAAAAGAAUUUUGUGUGGGCAGUCAAAGGACCACAUUGGAGUAACAUCAAAGUUGCGUUAAAAGAAAUCUGACGUAAUCAGAUGAUAUGGUCUCAGUCUUCUUAGGUCUUAGAUUUUUCUAAAUACGGUAACUGGGCACAAAAUAGCAGCAGUAUUUGGGUAGGGAGAAGCAAGCCUGACAAAGUUGCUUGUUGUUUUUUAAGAAAGUAACAUCUUUUUUUUUUUAUUUUUUUAUUUAAGAGAAUGCUUGUAGCGGACUGCAACUUUCCAUUUUAAUCUCUUCCUCUGCAGUUCCAUUAGUCCUGGUGGGAGGAGGGCUGCCUUUCCGAGUGAGGAUACAGGGUAAACUGCUUUACAAGUGUAUGGUAAAAACCGUGACAGCGAUGGAACAGAUUUUGCCUGGUGUGAAAUCCGAAGUUUCAGAAGUAACUUUCUUGGUAACCAGCAGAGGAGUAGCAAGUAAUAAUACUGAAAUACCUCUGUGCUGUCUUCUGUAGCUGUCUGUGGUUCAGGUUGAGGUCCUACAACUGUGAAAUGCAAACAGGUUGUGUAUUUCACAUCUCUCUAACCAUCACGUAUUUCUUAUAAGCUUCCAAUAAUGAGUAAAAUAAUGCAGGCCAGACGACAAGGACGUUUCUCGUAACUUUAUUUCUAUCUAAAAAGGCAUAUCUUUCGGAUACUGAGCUGGAUCUGGCAACAGAGACUGUGAGCUUUGCUCUCUUAACAGGAAUGUGGGCUGCGUAAUUCACCUUGGUUCUCUGCUGGCAGUUACUGUGUUGGUAGGUGAAAAUUAGGUGACGGUGCCUGAAGUUACGAAUUCCCUGUGCACUGGGGGACUGCAGUAUAUAAAUACGUGAGAGGAUCUCCAGGAGGAAGCGUGGGAAUGGAAAAGCCACGCUGAUGUCAUGCAAAGACAGGCUUCUUUUUGAGGCACAGAGCCUUUGCUUGUGGUAGCGGUAAACUGUUGUAAAUUGAGACCACAAAAUCUUUAGCGAGGGGAAAAAAAACUGCAUUCAGACUUUAAUACCGAAGACUGGGAAUGACCGUGGUUACGUAGAGAGAUAGGAUUGCUAUCAGUCAGUAAUUCAGCCAGUGCAGGUGUGUUACUCCUGUCUGGAAGAUGAUGUCUGAUGGCAGAAUGAAAGGAGAAGCAAAAGCUUAUGGCUGUGUAGAAGGAUAUUUUUUUUUUUUCAGUCAAUCGGUUGUCUAAAUAAAACAAGAUAUUUUAGAAAUUGUAGUUGAUUGAACAGCAGUCAGAAAUUAGGCUCCAAAAAAUUUAAAACUCAUAUUUUUAUUUGGUAUCUUCAGCGUGCAAGUAGCUGGUCCCUUUUAUCUAUUAAUCAUGUUUUAGCUUCCAUUCUCAUCUCAUCUCCCAUCAUCCCUGAAGAAUAUUCAUGGCGCCAUGUGAAUUGAGCAGGCGGGUAAGUUACCUGCCUUUCUACCUCCGGAGAAGUUUGAUUGCAGGUUUUUCUCAAAGUAUUUCAUUCCUAACACUUCAUCUCUGCCCAGUCUGGUGUUACAGCCUCUGUGGACAUACCAGCGUACUAAAAUUGUGUCACAGCAUCGAGCGAAUUGGAUCUGGGAUGUGCUUUUAAAUUUGUAAAAAAAACUCGCAAAAUAACCCAGCACACUGUAUGUGCGAGCGGAUCCCGGCCGGCAGCGCUGCUGUGGGUCGUGGCCCACGGAGGAGAGCUGCCCUUCGCCUUCUGCCUGCCGCGUCUGGCAGCACAGGUUUUGCAGAACAGUCACUGGGGGGAAAGGGGUCACCAGAACGCAAACGUCGAAUGCGUCAUGGUUUCUUCUGCUGGCCACCAUGCUCCUGAACUUGUUAGAAUAAUGCCUGGCGUGAGCUGUGCUUCGCGACGUAAAUCAAGCUUAAUUUUAGCCCAGUGCUUUCUGAAUUGGAAUGGCUCAGGCAAACGUUUGUUUUGAAGUGUUUAUAAUUGCUUCUUGUAGUUGUGCGCACAAGUGCCGGUUGUGUCCUGAUUUAAGAAGUUCUGGCCUUCCAGUAGAUGGCUCUUUAGCGUCCUUUUGGAACCCUCAUGGGGGGGGAGAAGUAACUGACAGAUAAAGAGGCGGGACAGAAGAUUAUAGGACUCUCCAGUUGCUUUUCAAUAUUUACUGUAGUAUUUUUUCAAUAUUUUUCCUUUUCUAGGUGUUUUCUAGGUUUCCUGGACUUAGGCUCUAUCGCUCUCAACCUCUUACGGUUCAUCAUGAACUGCAGUCAGCAAAAGCACUCUGCCGGAAGGCUUGACUCAUAUUUACCUUACAGUUCAGAAUGGAUUCUCCUUGCAAGCAUUAAAGAAAAAGAGAAAAGGAACUGAAAGAUAUUUAAUUUUUUCCUGGGUUUCUGUACUUUUAAUCAAAGUGUCUAGGGAGCUGGGUCUUAACUUUGCUUUUACUGGAGGUGAAAUAGAGAAGUAGUUGUGUAACUGGCCGUUUUAUUUGUCUGAAAACACCUUUUUGGGUGUCACCUGCGUCGUCUGGGUGCCUUCGGAGAGCCCUGCUGCUGUGCAAGGCUCACAUCCGUGAGGCUCAGCAGUGCAACGUGACAAGAAGGGCAGAGCAGGAUGCAAAACAAUUGUAUUCUCAGAAGUAGAGUUCAGUGCCUGCUUUUUUAGUAUGUGAUUUGGGUUGAGAGAAGGAGGAUUGAAAAGCAUAGUUGUAGUAUUUCGUUUGUUGAUCGUCUCGUAAAGAACCGCGUUGCACUGCGUCUUCUGGAUAGAGAAGGGCAGACCUUUGGGGGCUGAAGACUGGUAAGACGCUGGUGCAGCUUUUCUUUGCUGGCCUUAGCGCCCCUUGCAGUCUUAAAAGUUUUGCUUUUCUAGCUUGUUUUCCUUUCCUUUUGCCUUCCUUUUGCUUUGCUUUUGCUUUUGCUUCCCCUUGCCUUGCCUUUCCCUUUCCCUUUCCCUUUCCCUUUCCCUUUCCCUUUCCCUUUCCCUUUCCCUUUCCCUUUCCCUUUCCCUUUCCCUUUCCCUUUCCCUUUCCCUUUCCCUUUCCCUUUCCCUUUCCCUUUCCCUUUCCCUGUCUCUUCCUCUUCCUCUCGCCACUACUGCAGAUGGGAGGUAUUACCGUGUUCUUAACAACAGUAACAACCAAACCCAGCCCCACCCCCUCCAGUACCUGGAAGUUUCUGAGAGAUGGAAUUUCUUCAAUAAAGCCGUUACUGUGGAUUGUGAGAGGGAGCCAGGACAGGGAUCCCUGCGGGCGCCUGCACGGAGCCGUUGAGGUCCCCCUGAACCGAGGUGGCUGUGCUGGAUCAUCACAUUUCAGGUCCGAUGGAGCAGUGUUACGUCAGGAUGUCCGCAGAAGUCUCCCACGCGGUUUGCAGAGCGGGUGUAGCUUGGAAAGCGGCGCGGUCAUACGCAUCCUGUGCUUGAUUGCAGAAGCCUGGGUGGCUCCACCUCUGCCGGCAGCUUCUCCUGCUUUGUUCACAAAGGUGUUGGACCCUGUAGACGUGCGUCCUUUCCAAUUUCUCUCAAAAGCCUGGUGAGAGGGAGGUUCCUGAUCUUGCUAAAACCCAAACCCAAACAACAACGACAAAAAAGUAGCUUUGCUUGCAGCUUUUCAGCUCUUGAUAUGCUUUGCCGCAGAGGUCUGUGCUUGUCUCUUUGUGUUCCCUCUCAGCGUGUGACCCUUUCCCCUUUGGGCUAAGAUCCUUUCCCCUUCUCAGAGCUUCAUCUUCCAGCCUCCUACCCAUCUUACGUUUAUGAUAAGUAAAAUCGUUUCAGUCCUCUUGUUCCCUUCGGUGGGUGUUUGUCCGUGGAUACGGGCCAAACCUCCUGACAUCAUUAGAGCCUUGUUUAAUGCCUGAGGCGUGGCAGCAGUAGGUAACGUUCGAGGUGAUGCUGCUUCAUUCACCCUAAAUACCUUCCUGUGCUGUUGAGGUCUUCCCAGCUCUGCAGCGCUGUUAUCCUAGUGUCGCUGAGUGCCGACGCGAAAGAAUUUCCAUCUUCCAGAACAGUACAAGUGGUAGCAGAAAGGAUGAAAGCAAGCCUUUACUGGCUCUGGGGUUUUCUCCCUUGUCUGCGUUCUAGGUAUGGUAGGACUUUUGAUGUAAAUUAUGCUUCUUGUGACCCAAGAGUUCAGUUAAGUCUGGAGGUCAGCUUGAUUUGAGUGAGCUUUAGAGCGUUAUCACUCUCUAAAACUACCUGAAAGGAGGUUGUAGAGAGGGUGGGGUUGGUCUCUUCUCCCAAGGAACAGGCGAUGGGACAAGAGGAAAUGGCCUCAAGUUGCAGCAGGGGAGGUUUAGACUGGAUAUCAGGAAAGAUUUUUACACUGCAAGGGUUAUUAAGCAUCGGAACAGGCUGCCCAGGGAAGAGGUUGAGGCACCAUCCCCGGGGGUAUUUAAAAGAUGGGCAGACAUAGUGCUUAGAGAUACGGUUCAGUGAUGGUUUUUGUCAGAGUUAGGCUGAUGGUAGGACUCAAUGAUCUGAAAGGUCCCUUCCAACCUGGGCGAUUCUCUGAUUAUACCUCCACACUGGUGGCAGAAACCCAUGAACCGUUGUUAUUUCUUGGAACAGUUAAUUUGCUAGUCAGAUCCAUUUGAGGCGAGCAUUUUUCUUCUAGAUCCCUUGAUCUCUGGUCUCUGGCCUGUGCUGGAUCAUUGGCCUGGCUUUACGUAUGUCGCUUGAUCUCUUUAGGGUUCAAGAAAUGAAGAUUUCUUUGGUUUCAUUCCUUUUUUAGGGAAAUAGCAUGUUGUGGUCACAGCUGUCAGGUAGCCCUUGAAUCUUAAAAUUCUGAGUUUCUCCAAAACUGGUGGUCGUUCUCUGUUCGCUUCUUUUGGGUAUUAGGCGUAGAAGAUGCUCUCGGGGGAGUGUGGUAACGCGCUGCCUCCUGUGAUUGCGCCUCGUUGGUGAUACCUUGACAGGUAGCGUUGCUUCGACUUGCAUAGGCAACAAGAAAUCUUGCAGCCUGGUUGUUGGUCAUUCAUGCGAGAACAUCAGGCGCGUUUAGGAUUUAAAAUCCUUGCCUGUUGCUAGUGGAUCUGUCCUAAAGAAAAAGGCAAAAAAAAAAAGCGUAAGUAAACGCCAAUAAACGUCGCCGCGGUGCAACUCUACGAAGUGCCUGUGUGGGCAUCGGUAAAGUGUCUGUUGCAUUUUAUUUCAUCUGCAGGACAUUCAGGUUGAUCCGUCUUUGACUGAACAGUUUCUCUCUUAUUAAUGGGCAGUUUGGAAAAAAAUAAUGAUCUGUUCCAGAGGAGCUGGGAUUUCUUUUUGUUCUACGUGCUUAAAAGAAGCUUCCAACAUAUGGUAGGAGAAACGGUUAAAAAGAAAGCCUUAGCUCUGAAGUUGAGGAACAUGGAUGUUUGUUACUAAUCUUAGCCCAAACCUUACACAAACCGGUAUUCAAAGACGAAAGAGUAAAAAUAGCUUAAACCAGCUCUGGCAGUACGUCACGUUCCUUUCGGCGAGCUGACGCUGUAACUCGGGGAACCGUCACCUGCCUUCUCGCUUCCAGAUUCAGUCCUGACUUUUAGUUCAUAGAUGGUUGUACAGACGCAAAGAGUUACAGCUUACGUUGCAAAACUGAUCAGGAUCUUCCCAAGUGUACCUCAGUAAUUCGCGAUAUUUGCUGGCAUGUAAAACGGAUUACUUGCUUCAUUUCACUUACUUUAUGCGUUUAGAGAGGCAGGAGGAUAACGUAACACCUUCUACCUCUAAUUGCAGGGUUUUUUAAACCACGUGUGUAUAUGACAGUUGAUUAGCUAUUUACAUAUUAAAUUACUAGCUAGCAAUCUCAAUGAAAUUCUUCACAUCAGUGAAGAGGGCAGCAGAGCCUUUCCCGAGAUUGUGAAGCCUGUUUUAUUCACGUUAUUUGUAAUGAAGAGAUCCCGUUUGCUGCUUUUGCAUUUGCUAAACGCCAGCUUCCUCUUUUCCUUGACACAGGGUUACAGGACGUACGCUCUGUUAUGAUAACUUUCUCCUGUUUGAAAUUUAAUUAUUUCUGCUCUCGUCUGUUUUUAGAUGAUGCAGGGUAGACGUUGCGAUGGGCACUAAAGCACGGACGUGCGAUGGGAGCUCUGGCGGCAGGUACUCGUAUCUCCUCCCGGUGGUCUGAGGUGUCCGGGGACGGCUUAGGUGCCGUGUGUCCCUUGGCCGUUGUUUUCUCUGUUCUCAAUUUAUUAAUUUCAGUGUUGAUAAAAUUGUUUGUCUUCAUUUGUAGCACAUCCAAGAGCUGCGCUGCAACAGAGAAGGUGAGUUUAGUGGUGGGGGGGGUGGGUUCACAACCAGGCCCUCAAUAGUUAAUCUCUUCUGGUUUUUCUGAUAGAAUCCUUAAAGUUCUGUGGACAGAUGUUGGAUUGAUCAGGUGGCUGCUGAAACCGUGGCAUAAUGUCAAGAAACAGGGCGUGUUUUUAGCAUGGGGGAGGGAGGAAAAGAGACCAAUUUGAGAAUUGGAUUUUUAACCCUUCCUGAAGUUUUUUUUUGUUUUCGUUUGAGAUAUGGACCCAGAGGCAGUGUCACUACUCUGUUCAGAGAGGUGUUUUUUCUGUUCGUGUUCCUGAUGGAGAAGCAGGGUCUGUGUAGUGCUUGUUGCUGGAAACUACUGAGCUGCUCGUGCUGGUUGAUGGGUCUGCUGGGCGUCAGCGGGACGCUGCCCUCUGCCCUGCGCCGGGGAGCCGCCACCGCCGUUAGCCGUGCGUUAAAGAUAAGAAUUCCUGUUUUCAGUCAAGUUCAGGUUGUGUUGGUUCUGAAGCCUAAUGAAAGCAUUAGCUAAUAGGUACCUCACUUCUCUGAUUUGGGUUAUAAAGGACUUGCCUGUGAACCUUGUUUUGAGGAGGAACUUCUUUGCUGUGAGGGUGGCAGAGCCCUGGCACAGGCUGCCCAGAGAGGUGGGGGAGUCUCCAUCUCUGGAGACAUUCCAAAGCCGCCUGGAGGCGUUCCUGUGCCACCUGCUGUGGGUGACCCUGCUCUGGCAGGGGGUUGGACUGGGUGAUCUCCAGAGGGCCCUUCCUGCCCCUGUGAUGAUUCUGUGAUUCUGUGACCGCUAAUUAAGUCUCUGAAUUUCUUCCUUAGGUACCCAAGCAAAUAGUCCCAGGUACGCUUUCCUAGGUAGAACAGUGUGUAGACAACAAAUAUUUAUUAACAAUAGGGAAAAAUAUAGUGUAAGAACGUGAAAUCUAGACUACCUUGAACUAAAAGAAAGAAAUAAACAAAAUUUUAGGAGAUACUGUAGCUUAAUGCCACUGCUUGGAAGAAUGAUUCUUUAACAUGAGGGUUUUUUAACUGUCAUUAAAAGCAUGCAUACAAUCUGUACUUCUGCAGUAAAUGUAAAACAUGCCGUGGAUUCGCUGCCUUCCAGGAGAACCCCAGCGUCUGCCUGUCACAGCAUGUGGUCGGAGCAGUGACGUACCACGUCAGCAGUUUCAGGUGGGUGUGUUACGUGUUUUCAGUCUUCUCUCUCGUUCUGUGCAGUGUACGAGAAACUGCACGUGCCUGGUAUAAUUUGUUUCCUACCCGGUCCUCUUGUAACGUCCAGUUUUUCUAAUAAACAUCUUUUGAAGUCA